CUGAGAUACACAUUUGGCCAGCUAGUUACCUUUUGCCCUUCCGAUUGUUAACAUCUCAAUAAAAAAAUUUUCACGUUACCAUUACGACCGAGACAAAUACACAAGGUUUUAAAUCUACGAUGACGUCCUAUGAAGUUAUAGAAAUUUUUGUGCUCGGAUUUUGCAAUGUGGUACUGGGACCACUAAUGUUUAUCUGGGGAAUCUAUUCCGAGCUUGACGCUUACGAGGAAAAAAGAGACGCCAACAACACAACCAACAAGGAUCUAGAAUUGGAAUAUAAUCCGGUUUUCUGGGCUUAUCGUUGCCUGAUAUUGUGCUCCUUUUUUUCGGGGUUGUUCGCAAUGUGGGCAGUCACCAUAUUCCGCAAGGAAGGCAAUUGGGAGAUCAGAUUGGGAAGGGUGGCAACGUCCUUGGCGAAAGCGAUGUACUGGCAAAUUGUCGCGAUUAUCUUCUACAACCUUGAUCCUUUCGAGUGGAGGACGCGGGAUGGACUUCUGGGGCCAUGGGGACGGAUUGACCUGCCCUUCUUGACAUAUUAUUAUUGCUUCGCGGUGCAAUACUAUUUUGCGAAGCAGAUUGGUAAAUUUGUUCAAGAGGCAAAAGAUGUGGUAAAAUUGCAAUAAGGUAGGGUUCAGCGAAUUUUGACUGAUUUCUGGAAAAAUCUAUGUAUGUAUAUGUACUGAUUUAAAAUGUGUAUUUCUGAUAUGAUCGAGUAUUACAAUUUGUACGGUUUGGUUUAUAAUUUUGGUUUGGUUUUGGAUUUCAUUAUUUAAAUCAUGUGUGUAAUGUACGUAUUUAAGGUUACUUAAUGACAAUCAAUAUUUUGUAAGAUUUAUCAAAGUUAAUUAUUUAUAUACUGCGUAAAUAUCUAAUGACGAUGGUUUAAAUAUCUGUAUUCGUGUACUAAUUAAGUAAUUUUUAUUUAAGCAUUAAUUAUGUAUGUUUCGCUGGUGUAAAGUCGAAUAAAAAGCUGUGCAAAUAUA